GAAAAAAGUGUUUCAGAAGCAGAGAUUUUUAGGAGAGUUUGCGAAGAUCGAACUGUCAUAGAUUAGAGAAAGGCUGGGAGUUACAAACAGUACGCUAUGUGUUGUCAGUCUAAGUCUUGUCAAGCGAGCAGAUUAUGACAUUUGUGACACCACCCCCGCAACAUGCCGACAAUUAAGUAAAGAAAAUAUUUUAUACAAAGGCGAUUAUAAUACCUAACACACAGCUUUUCCUUUAUAAUUGGAUACAAAUAUCAACUACCGAGCGGAACAGUGGAGUGAAGACGCUCCAGCUAAAUUGGUUCCAGUUAUGGAAGAGCAAAAGGAUCAGAACAGCCGAGAUUCGAGCGAACGGGAGAGCAUUUCCCUGUCACCGAAUUUACCAUCUCCGCUCAUACUCCCUCAGCAAGUUGCACAGCAAGCCCAGAGAAGUACAAAUUUCUUUAUUGAUAACAUUCUCCGGCCAGAUUUCGGUUGCAAAAAAGAGGUUAGUAACAGUGAACGGGCGCAAACGUCGACUAGAGAAAACAUCAACGCUUUAAUAAUAAGGCCAUCGCAUCCAAACACAAUAUGCCAGGAUUCAAACUGUAGCAGUGACAGCACUUCGUCGUCUUCGUCCUUGCAGUUAUUCAAGCAGAGUUCAAAGCAAGGGGAAGGAAAUGGAUCUAAUACGACAAAGUAUGGAGAGAACACCACGUCGAUAAUGGUUGUGAACACGACUAAUGGAGGAACCGCUGCCACGAAAGAAUCUCAACCUAUGUUAUGGCCUGCUUGGGUUUAUUGCACAAGAUAUUCAGACAGGCCAUCAUCUGGCCCAAGGACACGAAAAUUGAAAAAGAAGAAAAGUGAAAAAGAAGACAAGCGACCCAGAACAGCAUUUACAGCCGAGCAGCUGCAAAGACUUAAAUCUGAGUUUCAGGCCAAUCGCUACAUCACGGAGCAAAGGAGACAGUCACUGGCCCAGGAACUGAACCUUAACGAGUCACAAAUCAAAAUUUGGUUUCAGAAUAAGCGAGCGAAAAUUAAAAAAGCCAGUGGUUAUAAGAACGGUCUAGCUCUUCAACUGAUGGCACAGGGACUGUAUAACCAUUCCACUACCACCGUUCAGGAAGACAUUGUUGACAGCGAAUGAACCUCCUCCAUUUUCUGUCGAAGUCACACACACACAGAUAUACAUAUAUAUGGAGAAAAGACAUGGUGCUAUAAACUGACCGUAUAUAUAUAUA